AUGGGCUGGGUAGGUGUGGCUACACUUGCCGCGACUGCAGCAUACUUUCUCUAUCGCUACCCUCCCCGAACUUGGACCUCUGUCAUCCCCCCACCGGACUCCAAACCCGACGCUCCUUCUGCCUCAUUCGAAUCUGAACCGAACAAGAACAGCCCCACGACCCCUCCAUCCCUGGAGAAACACAUAGAAAGCCCACAAACCACCCCCAAGGCAUCAAUACCAGAACUCUCUCCGCCGGUGCUCGCUGUUCCUACGCUGAAUCUCGAAGACUCCGACAUCCGCAUCGUGACUGAGCCACCGGCGCAAUCUAGCAUGAAUGGAACAACACAACAGGUGGAACAGGUAGCGUCAAUCGAUCGCAAUGAAACAACGACCGAACCUCAACGAAAGCCACCAUCCCUUGCACCGCUUUCUUCAAAUCCCACAAGGCCUGCAAAAACUUCAUCCCUGAUGCCUCCGCCUCCGCCUCCAGGCCCACGCCUCCGUCAAACACCCCAACCCAACCGAGCCCCCUCUGGAGGCCUCGCACCACCGCGCGUGAGUGGCUCCCCCCGCACACCACUGUCCCCAGCGGCAUCAGCGCGCCUCGCUCCAGCCGGUAGUACGGGUCUAAGCAGCAGCACUUUAGCGCCCGCGCCACUAUCCCUGAAGAAAUCCUCGUCCAAGAAAGUUAUUCUCGAUCCAGGAUUUUCGCCUCUGGACUGGGCUGCACUCGCUGCGAAGCCGAACAAUCAGCUCCGAGGAAAGGACGUCCCACCCGGAUAUCUAAGGAUUACGCCUUCUAUGCUGAAAAUGCAGAAUGGGCGCAAGGGCCGCGAUGCGUGGACUUCGUACCAGGGCAAGGUGUACAAUAUAAAUCCCUAUAUCCCGUAUCACCCUGGUGGAAAGGGUGAGCUGUUGCGGGGUGCGGGUAAGGAUUCGGGCCAGCUAUUCCAGGAAGUUCAUCCUUGGGUCAACUGGGAUGGAAUCCUUAAUGAGUGCAUGGUUGGGAUUCUGGUGUCUGAGCAUGAUUCUCAGGCUGAGAAUGCACUCGAUGCGAUGGAUUGA